UGUUUACAUUAUGUGAAGUUUUACUCUGCAGUAGAGGACUAUAUCAAAAAUCUUUCCUCAUCAUAACAUCGGCUAUAGUGCUUUAUGCUUUUCACAGGUUAUUCACAUCAAAGAAGUUGUCUCCCUUGACAACAACUGUGAGUUCAUCUGUACAUGUAACAAAGGCUUUGGCUGUAAUGAUCUACUACAUGAUAGGAACAGAAGAUGAGCUGACCAUAUAUAGAUGUGUAACUCUGUAUGUACUGUCUGCUGUCAUUGUCAGAAUUAUCUCCCUUGAGGGACAGUCUGACCACCAAGUGAAAGAUGUAUUGUACAACAUUAUUGCUUUGUGUGUUGCCAUAGUAAUGAACAGCAAUCCCAUACUGCACUUGUUAUGUGUAUAUGUAUUGUGGGAGGAGCCAACCACAACUGAUAUAUUAGGCUUAAGUGUGAUGGUCAGUGGUGUGAGUGUAGUAAUAGUUGGAUCUCUACAGCUACCUGAAAACUCUGUUCUGGCAGCUAGGCAGGUUGGUACUGUUUGUGCCAGCAUGGGUGUCCUCAUUCUUGUACUCCAGCCACAGGUAACCCCAGCUUGGAUGACCAUACUGCAGUGGGGUGAUUUAGCUAGUGUGGUUUUAGUGGCUUGGGUGUUGUUGUCUAAAAGACAGUUCUCCUUGCAUGAGCUAUACACACUGGCAGCUACAGCUGGGAUAUGUCCUGGUAUCCGAAUGUCCAUGCUGCUGUAUACAUACACCGAGGAGAGCCAUGUUUGGGCUGCGAUUGGUCGAGGAUUUCUCUUUAUCCCAGCAUGCAUCUGUAUAAUAUCCUUACUGUUCAUUUUCCUAAAAAUAGAUACAGCGCAAAAGGAACUGGAGAAAAAUUUGUUGACAUUAUGCUGCAGCCUUGGGAUACUUUCCAUAAUGUUGCUAUUUUUAGACAUGGGUCUCCGUGACAAGAAUGAGGCUUUUAUGUCACUUCCUGCUUGGAAACUUUCCUUAGUUACAACGGGACUAGUCAGUUUAUCAUUGAAAAUCCUCUCUACUACACAGGAUCUGUUGAUACCACUUGUAGAAGAGAAAAAAGAGAAGGAAGUGCCUCGUCUUCCAUUUAUAGGAAAUAUAUCCAGUAUUCUAACAUUCCUGCUAGCCUGUAUACAGGCCCCUGUUCAUGGUAUUUUAUAUGACAUUUGGUGUUGCGGUGCAUCAUUGAUCCUGUUGUGUUUACAGAAAGAUAGAAGACUUUUAUACAAUAUAAAACAAGAAAACCAAAUAGUGCCAACUAUAUUCACAUGCAUUACAAUUUUAUAUAUUUCAAGUAUAGUACACAGUGAUUUAUGGACUUUGGGAGGAUUGUCUUUUGUGCGUUCAAUUGUUGAAAUAUUGUCUCUACUGUCAGUUUUACCAAUGUUUUAUGUACUGUGGGGAAUAUUAUGGCAAGCGAACCUUGUUUUAUCAGAGCAAACUGUGGUGUUCUUGUUACCACUAAAUGCUGUGUAUCUGUUAUACGGAAGUUCAUAUACAAGUCAGGCAUUAGCUGUUGUAGGACUAUAUGCAGGAAUUUGGAUGAUGAUGAUGAAAUUGCCGCUUCGUCCAUACAAGACGGAUGAGUACUGAUGAUCUUGACACAAAAUGAGAGAGAAAAAUCUGUCAGAGAUUACAGUGUUAAAGUGUGAAAAAAGUAUUUUUUAAAGGUGAUGGAUGGUUAACAACAAUGCUGUAGAAUCAAUGCUUUUGUUAUAUCAUAAUGUUAAUAGAAGAUUGAUUCAGGAAAUAGUUUAAAGUGUUAACAGUGUGAUAUAAAAAGAGAUGAGAAAAAGUAAUGAUACGUUUGGCAGUGUUAGAGUGAUUUAUAAUGUUAAAGAUUUACUCGAAGAAAAUUGACAUUAAAUGACUAUAUGGGUAAACAGUGAAGGAAAUAGUGCUAUCAAGAGAAUAGAUCUGCCAUAUGUUCUGCUUGAAUCGACACAAAGUUUUUCUAAGCUGUCGUUGUCAACAAUUAUUUCAGUGCUUCGAAAAUAAACUGUUUUAAAAGGAAUGCCUCAACUUUCGCUAGAUUUUUAUAUUAUUAUAAUUAUAACAUACAGUAGGCAUUUUCAGGAAUCAAAACAGUCAUGCAACUUACGCAUGGAAAAGUAAAAAAACAAUAAAAGAACUUGUGUAUGAAAAUUUAUAAUUGAAAAUGAUGUAAAAUAUUUUAUUAAUAAAGUUCCAAUUUUACUAUCAUUGUACAAUUCUUUAUCAUGUGACAAAAAUGAUUGAAAUAA